AUGAUCGUCCCAAUCACGAAAGCACUCACCCAGCCCAGUCACAAAUACCCAACGUCCACCACUGUGACCGGCCCUGACGAAGAAAACGUCACAUCGCCGCCAUACAUAAACCUCUCCCAAGGUGCUUCCUUGCCCAAAACAUCGACAACACACCACAACGCCAACUACAACAACGCAACUCACACAUCUACACCUUACACAAUGUACUCCCGCACCCCACACCGCCCCUUCGGAUCCAGCUCUGCCGGCAACCAAGGACGCAACUCCAGGCACCGCCAGGGUGGCCAUCGCCGCCUCGGCACCGGCUUUCCCGGCAUGCUGCCAGAUAUGGCUGCUGGUGGUAGACACAGCGGUAUGCAUGGCGGCUAUUCAGGCGCUAUGGGUCGCUAUAAUCAAGGCCGCAUGCCUGACGGUUGUCUUGGCAGUUAUCCUGACGGCUAUCCUGACGGCUAUCCUGACGGCUAUCCUGGCGGCUAUCCUGGCAUGGGCGGUGGGUGCCGACGAGAUCCGUAUGGCUAUGACAGUGAGGGAGAAGAGAGGAGUGACGAGGGGGAGGACGAUGGCGCUGGAGAGUGUGUUAUGGAGCGUCCAAGUGCGUUGUUUGGAGGGGUGGGAGGGCGUGGCGGGGGUUAUGAUGGGAGGAUGUCGCGUAGAGAGAUGGGGGGACGGUAUGGUGGCGGUACGGGAGGGCUGAUGGGAGGGCGUGGUGGGUACUAG